UUUUUCGGGCCAAAAUUCGAUGCCCGACUCGAACUUUCGGACCGGACCCCCAACCCUAAAUUUGAUGUACCUUCAUAUUUAAAAAACUCAGAUUUAUUAGAAAUUUGGCGUUUUGUUUAUUUUGUUUUUACAUUAGGCAAUCCUCAAAAUGGUAAUAGUAAAAAUGAUAGGAGACAAAAUGGAACUAGGAGAAAACGCGACAAUCUUAUUGGAAACUAUGGCUAUUUUAGAGAUGACUAUUAAUCUAAAAAAAUGUUCAACAAACAAAACAAAAAUGUGUCUUUCGGCAAGCCUAAGGAAGAAGGCGUUGUUACUUUAAACAACAAAAAUAAUAAUUUGAAUUCUACACCAAAAAAUUUAGAGGAAAAAGUUCAUCUUUUAAUUGGAAGAAAACAAAGAACGCUUCAUAAAAAAGAGAAAAUUGCGUCUAAAAAAGGAUCGAAAAGUGUUAGUGGACAGGAAAUGAUUCAGGCUUUAGACGUUUAUACAGCGUCUAGUAGCAGCACAGAAGAAUGCGUAGCAAAAUUACGUGCAGACCCGGAGAAUGGACUUUCCCAAGCAGAAGCUACAAGACGACUUGGUUUUAGUGGAUAUAAUGAAUUUGAAGUGAAGAAAAGUGAAUCUCUUUUGGGAAAAUAUUUUGAACAGUUCAAAAAUCCACUAAUUUGCCUACUUCUUUCUUCUGCAAUUGUUUCAACUGUUAUGAAACAAUUUGAUGAUGCCCUUUCAAUUACUGUCGCUGUAAUGAUUGUAGUUACUGUUGGUUUUGUACAGGAAUAUAGAUCUGAGAAAACUUUGGAGAAACUGAAUAGGCUUGUGCCUCCAACUGCACAUUGUAUUCGUGAUGGAAAAAGUGUUACUUUUUAUGCAAAAGAGCUUGUUCCAGGUGAUCUUGUUUUGCUUAAUACGGGUGAUAGAGUACCUGCAGAUUCAAUUCAACUUCAAAUUGACGAAUCUUCCUUUACUGGCGAAAACGAAGCGAGAUAUAAACAUUCAAAUUUAAUCCCAGCAAAUUCAAGAACUCCUCAUGUAAAUGGAAUUAUAGUUAAUGGACAUUGUAAUAUUGAAUGUGAUGGGGGGAUUGAACAUUUGGACAAUAUUGCUUUUAUGGGGACUUUGGUUUGCUCUGGAAGAGGAAAGGGUGUCGUCAUAGGCACAGGAGCUAAUUCGAAAUUUGGUGAAGUCUUUCAAUUAAUGCAAUCUGAGGAAUCUCCAAAAACACCACUUCAAAACAGUAUGGAUCAAUUAGGAAAGCAAUUGUCUUUUUAUUCUUUGGGGGUUAUUGGCCUAAUUUUCUUUAUUGGAUUAAUUCAAGGGAGGCCAGCGAUGGAUAUGUUUACGAUUGGUGUUAGUCUUGCUGUUGCUGCAAUUCCUGAAGGUCUUCCAAUUGUUGUAGCAGUUACUUUAGCUAUUGGUGUUAUGAGGAUGGGGAAUCGAAAUGCUGUAGUUAAAAAAUUGUCAGCUGUGGAAACCCUUGGAUGUGUAACGGUUAUUUGUUCUGACAAAACUGGAACUCUUACAAAAAAUAUGAUGACUGCUUGUGUUGUUAUAGCGGCAGAUGAUUGUCAGGCUGAGGUAACGGGUACUGGUUAUGACCCUUCUGAUGGAGAUUGCCGUCUGCAAAACGGAGAAUUAGUUUCUGGAAGUGAACGUCACCCUUCCAUAGCUUGUGUCAUCGAAAUUGGCUGUAUUUGUAACAAUGCACAAUUGGCAAAUGGGACAGUUAUUGGACAACCAACAGAAGGGGCUUUAAUGGUUUUGGCGAUUAAAACAAAUAUGGAUACUUUAUGCAAUAAUAUUCGACGUCUUCAUGAAAUUCCUUUCACUUCUGAUAGUAAAUGGAUGGCUGUUCAAGUAGAACAAUUAAAUAAGCCAGGCGAAGUUGAAACAUUGGUAAAAGGAGCAAUUGACAGAAUUCUAGAUAUUUGUAUUGGCUAUCUGGAUAAUGGAAAUAUAAAAAUGCUAAUGACUAGAGAGAAGUAUGAUCAAAUAAUUCAAACAGCUAGUGUAAUUGGAAUGGCUAGAGGUUCAGAUAUGCGUUCUCUUUAUUAUGCUGGACUUGUUGGAAUACUAGAUCCUCCUAGACCUGGAUGUCGUCAAUCGAUAGAAAUUGUUCAGUCAGCUGGAGUUUCUGUAAAAAUGGUGACUGGGGAUGGGCUGGAAACUGCUACAAGCAUUGGUAUUCGUCUUGGGCUUCAUAAGCAAAACGACAAUUGUCUUUCUGGUCCUCAAAUUGAUGAUUUAAAAGAUUCAGAAUUGGAACAACUUAUUCAAAGUGUUACAAUAUUUUAUAGAGCUUCUCCUAGACAUAAAUUACGAAUUGUUAAAGCACUUCAAAAUAUUGGAGAAGUUGUGGCAAUGACUGGGGAUGGAGUAAAUGAUGCUGUUGCACUUAAAAAAUCUGACAUUGGAGGUUUCUUUAGAAUUUUAAUUAUAUAA